GUCCGUAGUUGAUCACCCCUAACCCUGGCCUUCACCCUGCCCCACCAAAGCAGGCAGAGCACGCGAAGUAUCUUCAAUUCGAGAAUCACCACCGCUGCAGCUGCAACACGCCCAACAUGAUAUCUCUACAGCGAAUAUCGACGCUCAAUCUGGUCCUCGACACACCAAGAGGCCGCGGAGUAUUCGCCAGCGCGCCCAUCGCAGCGGGCACGAUAAUUGACACGGCGCCGGUCCUGCUGCUAGGCGAGGCCGAGUUCGCCUCGCACAUCACGCACACCUCACUCCUAAACUACAGCUAUAACUGGCCGACCGCCGACCCCACCACGCCCGGGAAAACAGUGCUUCGACAGGCAAUCGUCCUGGGCCUCGGGAGCAUGUUCAACCACUCGUACCGCGCGCAGAAUGUUGGCUGGAAGAGGGAUCUCGAAAGGCAGGUCGUCGUUUACACCGCCCUGAGGGAUAUCGACUUGGGCAUGGAGCUGCUUAUCUCGUAUGGUCCUCAUCUGACUUUUGUCGAUGUUGAGGAGAUGGAGGUGAACGGCGAGGCAGAGGAGUCGGCGCUGGAUGUGCUCGGACGGAUCGAGGUGGAUCUGUAGGCGGUGAUGUGCCAGUCUCGGUUGUAUGCUCAAAUAGUUACCGUAGACGGUAGGCACGUGUAUGAUAUUUGUGUAUGUAGGACUGCAUCGAUAGCCUGUGGAGUAACCACUAUAUAGUACCAGUAUGAUAGCACGUAGGCGGUGCACCGGUAACUCGAGUCUCGAGUACUUACAUCCAUAGCUGCAAGGGCCCGUCCCGUGUCUACA